GAAAAAUACUCCGAUAUCAGGACUAAAAUUGCACCCGACCAAAGGAGCAAUAAAAAAAUGCAAUUUUUCUUAAAUAAAAUAACCAACCGGCCAAGUCUGCUCAAGUGCUCAGGGUCGGGCCGGGUCAAGCCAGUGGCAGCACCAUCAUACCGUGGAUGGCUCUAACUGCCCUAUUCAGCCGUCGGUUCCCCGCCUUCAUGUUGCCGCCACAGUAUCUACUCUUCGUCCACCGAUUCCGGUCAGACGCCGCUCUGGAAGCUAUACGCAGGGCGUCGGAAAACAAAACUCCGAACCUUGUCUUAUACAACUAUCCCUCGUUUUCCGGCGCGUACGGUGCACUGUUUGCACACCUCUACCACACUCGACUAAACCUACCUUGCUUGAUUCUACCGUUCUCAGCCGUUGCACCUUUCAGGGUUGAUGACUUAUGCAUUGAAGGAAUGAAGACAUGCUACUUUCUCGAUCUUAUAGGCCCAGAAGAUUUUGCAUUGGAACUAUCCGGGCGAACAUCGUCCAAGGUUAUUGUCUUCGAUCAUCGGAAAUCCGUGCUUCCUCGAAUUUCUGUAAGGGAAGAUUCUGAUACAAACAUCACAUUAUAUGUGAAUAUUGAGAGGAGUAGCUCGACUGCUGCAUAUAAAUACUUCUCUGCUAAACUUUUAGAGAAAAGAGAAGAUAGUGACAAACGAAUGAGACUACUAAGCCUUGAGGACUGUGAGCGGGUGGACGCAAUGCUCCAGUAUAUUGAAGAUGGAGAUCUUCGCCGGUGGAGUUUACCUAAUAUUAAAGAAUUUAAUAUUGGGCUAAGAGAGUGGCACUCAAAAUUGAAUUGCAUCACUAACUCAUCCAUGUAUCAACAGUUGAUGGGGAUCUGCGCUGCAGACUUGAUCACGAGGGGAAGGACCCAUCUUGAUCGGAGGCUUACUGAUGCAAAGAAAUUGAUGACUAAGAUUUUCCGAGUUCAGUUAGGACGAGGAUUUUAUGGGGAGUGUCUGGGAGUUCGAGUUGAUGGGGGCUCAGACUUCAGUGAUGAAAUUGGGAAGGAACUCAGCCGAAUGAGUGCAGAAGCAGGGCUAAGGCCAAUUGGAGCUGUUGUGUACAUGCAGCGUAACAAUCUGAAAAUGUGCCUGAGGACCAUAGACAGUGGCACUGAUACAUCUGAAAUUGCAAAGGCGUAUGGUGGUGGAGGGUCUCCAAGCUCCAGCUCCUUUAUUAUUCGUAUGGAUGAGUACAAUCAGUGGCUUUCAGUUCAGUCUUCACCGACUCGAUUUCACCAAUCUGUGGUUACGAUGCUAAAAAUUGUGGAAAUGAUAACCGCAAAUGAGGAGUGGUGGCAGAAUUUGAUGCUUUUCCUUGGAUCGUGUCUGACGUUUUAGUUCACUCCAUACAGUCUCUUGGUUUCGUGCUUUCCGGUGGACAAUGACACUUCUAAUAAGUUUCUUUUUAAACUAGAAUAGCAUUAAGCUUUUGAGUUUGGUACCAGGAUCUGGUAACACGACCAGGCCCGAUAACAAGAAAAUGGGAUCUGUAUUCGGCGUUAAUAUUUCCAUAUAUUAUACUGGAAAAGAUUACUGGUACAGUAUUUGAGGGACAUGUUCAGCCUUAAGUAUCUUUCGACUGAUAAGUUCCAUCAUUGGAUUGUUUUCGUAAUUCUUGAGAAUACAUACAGAAAGAAAAAGAAGCCAUCGUUAACAAGGUGUGAGGAAAACGCUAAGUACAAUUACAUUAGUGCACCGGACAGCCUUCAACUUGUAUCCCUUUGGCAGUCGGACAAGUUGCCAAGUCGCAGUGUUCACCACUCGUACCCCACCAAUCUAUUCCUUUUCCUUCCAUGCUAAGAGAGAAAUAGAGCACCACUGCCAUGAAAGCUACUCCGGCAUCUAAAGCUGCCGACAGAAUGUAGUUGUACCUCUGCCACCAGCUCUUCCGAUAACGGAAAACAAAAAAGUUGAAAAUUGUCCCGACUAUUAUCCAGGCAUUGUAAUUCAAUGGUGUUGCUGGUGGCAUCAUACCAGUUGCCCCUAGAAGUACGGGCAGGUUAAUUAGUGGAAGCCAAGAUUGUUUUGGAAAUGCCUUGUAGAGAACCCAAACCAGGAUCGGCCCUAAUGCACCGCCAAGAAAGAACCAGUUCAUUGAACUGUAAUUUCCUUGACUUCCGAAAAUUCUUCUGGGUCCGACUAAACCCCAUAUGACUGAUGCAUCGAAGAAGACUCUAUCUCCUGGGCAUGUCCAUGGGCUGUCUGGUGGAAGGAGUUCGUCUUGGCAUAUGUUGGUGAUAGUUGUAAGCUGCCACCACGCCACACCAAUGUUGACUGUUCCGGCGAUGAUUGUGCCUAAGAACUAAACUAUAAACAUCGAUCUGGGAGGAAUCUUCAUGUAGUGACCUAGUUUGAAAUCACUGAGAAAUGAGACAGCCUGGGCCAUGCUCAUGUAGCCAUAGGUUUUGAAGCAGACGUUAGCAAUUGGCCUUCCCGGGUAUAUGAUACCCAUAACAUACUCUGUGAUUAUGUUUAAGCCCGGUGUCUGGUUUGUUGUGGCUGUAAUGAUGCUGAUUGGGAGUGUGAAAAUAAAGGCAAUGAGGCUGGCAAAUACGAGUCCCCACCAUGGCAUCUGAACCUGGUCGUUUAAGAAGAUGCAGAGUAUUAAAGAAGCUGCAAGUGUCACUACCAGUAAUAUCUGAAACCACCAUGACGUUUGCACCAGUUUGUUCAUAUGACUGCUAUUAUGGAAAAGCCAAGGCUCUGCAGCAAAAUUAGAGAUAAACCCUUGAUGUUCGGGAAAAUUUCAUCCUACCUCGUGAGUAGUGCCUCCACAGGGACUUUAAGUGUCUGAUCAACACACAACCGAACAGGUGCGUGAGUGUGAUUUGAAGCUAAAACUGUUGUUGGGGCACUACCCACGGGAGUAGAUUCAAAUUUACCGAUAUUUGGGGAUUGCACCAUUUGAAAAGGGGAGCUU